CUGACUUAAAACGUUUCCCCAGUAACCAAAAGGGGAAGUUUGUGCACUGCUGCCGCGUUCUUUCUGCGUCAGGAUGUUUUGCUUUUGUGUUUAAACUUUUAUUUUAAUUUUCGGCGACACUCGUUCUAUUUUAGAUCGGCAAUGGAUUCAGACAAAGCUAAAAACAAGGCAUCGGGCACGUUAAGGCGGUCGGGAAGGCAUACGAUGAAAGUACUAAGUGUUGAACCAACCCCUAGAGGUCCUCUAAAACGGACCAGAAAAACAAUGGAACGUCAACCUCCAUCUGCAGCUAAAGGUGCUAAAGGUUUGGAGAAUGGCUUGGAUGAUGAAGAGUCUCCGACAAAGAAGCAGCGCUGGAACUCUAAGGAAGGAGAUGGUGACAAACGUAAUGAUGACAACAUGGAGUUUCAGGAACCAGUCAAUGAAGAGGAGGACGACCAAGACCUGGAAAUGGAUACAGCCGAGGAUCCGUCAAAAGAAAGCAGUCAACCAAAAAUAUUUAAAGACAGCUUGGGAGAUGUGAAUCUUUCGCCUCGUGUUGUCCUCAUCAAUUCCUUCCAGAGAAGAGAGCCUCCAUAUGAGGAGUCACAAGGAAAGAAAUCCAAAAAAGUAGAAGUAAAAGCACCUCCAUCAACCAAAGAGGCUCUGUCACUGAUCAGACAAUCAGAGAAGAGACCUGACAACCUGAAGUCCAGCAUGGAUGAGUAUAAGAGAAAAAUGGAGGCUAAAGCAAGGAGUGCAGCCUCGUCAUCUUUGGACGUACGAAGAACUGUACAAAUGCCCCAAAAUGCUUAUCAAGCCUCAGAGAAAAUGCGCACAGGAAGACCUUUUGUAAACAACAUUGCAGCACAAAAAGAAGCCAAUCAUCUGAAAAAAACAGAUGCAACAAAGAAAAGUGCAGAGACCAAGAAAAGUUCUGGAAAGUCCUGUAGAGGUUUUGGUUGGUACUUAUGGCGCUUGGUUUUCGUGGUGCUGCUCAGCUCCGUCGCCCUGCUGGUUUACAGGUUUCUCCCUGUGCUCCAAAGUAAAAUAGCUGGAGGAAGAGGGCAGCGAUCCAGAGAAGUGAUGCCAGGUGAGUUUUCCCACCGCCUGACACUUCUCCAGUCGCAGUUUCCAAGUCAGCGCGCUGAGCUGUGGAAGAGAACCAAGAUCCAUUUGGAGAAGCACCUUGGAACAGCGGACCCAACAGAGCCAGUAAGUCUGGUCCUUGCUGCAGGCCGCAAAGCAGAGGGGACUCUGAGGUCACUGGCUCAGGACCUGGCCUCUACCUACUCGUUCGCCCUCAAUGGUUCAGUGCUCUUCAUUGACGGGGCGAGUAAAGCUGGCCAGGGAGGCGAUGAGGUAAAGCUGGACAUCGACAACCAGCUGAAGGCAGCUUUUGAGGGAGAUAAACCAGCGGCGAUCAUUCAUCGCUUUGAGGAGCUGCCUCCAGGCUCCACCCUCAUUUUAUACCGUUACUGUGACCACGAAACGGCUGCCUACAAGCAGGUGUUCAUAUUGCUUACAGUGCUGCUUCCUCAAGAUGAGAUCAGCAGCGACCUGAGCCUGAAGGAUGUAGAGGAGACAGUCCUGAACUAUGUUCAGACCAAGCUGGUGGGCUCCACAAGCGACGCCAGCUUCAAUGAAAUGGACAACAACAAGUUUGGAGGUCUGUGGAGCCGAAUCUCCCAUGUGGUUCUGCCUGUGGUCUCAGAGGAGGUGAAGCAGGACUAAUGUCCGGGAGGUCUUUUAGGGGUGCAGUGUUGUGGCGACUCGGACCAGGUGAGAUGUCUGUCUUCUGAGACAUGUUUCACACAGACUUCAUUGAACAUGUUUGAAGGAAGGAUUAUUAUCUCUGACACAGAUGAAAACCUGCUGAUAUUGCAGUUUUGUAAGGUUUUUUAUUUGAGUGUCUUUAAUAAAAGCAUCAGUCGACAUGGAAACAAUGUUGACAUGUACAGAAUCAUUUCUGGUCAGGUUUACCCUCAACCACAGUUUUUUUUUCUUGCCAUUCCUCUGCCGCACUUUCCCUUCGGCGUAGAUGACAUUCAGUUCAUCCUUGAAACUAAAAGGUUUUUUAACUUUUGGUUGAUCUGUUUUUUUUUUUUUAAACCAAAGUCUCGGGGAUGAGCUGACAGGUAUCUACAGAAAGCACUUGGUUUGAUACUCAUGUACUUAACAUCUUUUUUGUGGACGCUCCUCUUAUCCAGUAUACUGGUUUUUACUGAAACUUAAUAUUUGUUUUUUUUCUGUGUUCUUUAAUCUUUGUGGACGUGCUUCUAAGAUUUUCCUAUUUUUACAGUUGUGUAUAUACCGUAUGCUGGAUAUUAAAAGGAUUAAAACUUUUCAGCUGUAAAGAAUCCUGCUUAAAUGAUGUAAAUGAUACAAGGAAAAAAAGGUCUGCAGGUUUAUAGGACAGGAUUUAAUUGUAUAAAUAUUUUUUAUCAAAUAUUUCAGACCCAAAACGUGCCUUAACCACACCAGAACUACUUGAUAACCACCACUUUCAUCAUUGGUCAGAUACCAUACCAGGAUAACAACUAUCAAAUUUCUCAGAAAUGUGUUUGAACAAUACCCUGUGUUUGAUAAAAGAUUGUAAUUGUAACCCUGCUGUGUUAUUUUUCAAAAUUAAAUGUUUCUGUUGCAAUGUUUAGAUACUUCCAAUAAAGAUUAUUUUGAUAUUGA